UUCUUAGAGCGAGAAGUGUUAGAGAUCGAAGCGAAGCUAAUUAAGUGUGAUUAUUGAUUAAUUAAGAUCAGAUAGAUGAUCAUGUGUGGAACAGAGGCAACCUUUGUGGCCAAACACUCCCCAAUCUCAUCUACUACUGCAAAUACCAUUUCUCACCACACAACACAAAACGCCGCCACUGGCCAAAAUCUCGACUACAGCAAGGUUAUCAAUCUUGAUCAUGGAGAUCCGGCAAUGUACGAGUCGUACUGGAGAAAGAUGGGGAAGAGUUGUGCGAUAACGUUCGCCGGAGAUGAGCAUCUGAGCUACUUUUCCGACGUAAACAAGGUGUGUUGGUUCAUGGAGCCGAAGCUUGAGGAAGAGAUAAGGAGGUUGCAUACUGUGGUCGGAAAUGCGGCGGUGGACAAUCACGACGACUAUAUCGUGGUCGGAAACGGCUCCUCCCAGCUUAUCCAGGCCGCCCUUUACGCUCUUUCUUCUCAUCAUUCCGAUCACCAUCCUCGCCCUAUCAGUGUUGUUUGCGCAGCUCCUUACUACUCGUCAUAUCCAGAGAUGACAGAGUUUUUACAGUCAGGGAUGUACAAAUGGGAAGGAGAUGCAAGGGAAUUUGAGAAAGAUGGAGCCUAUAUUGAGCUAGUAACAUCACCAAAUAAUCCAGAUGGGGUUUUAAGAAGAGCAGUGGUACAGUUGAAUAAUAAUAAAGGUGAAGAAAGAGGAAGUGUUGUUCAUGAUCUAGCUUAUUACUGGCCACAGUACACUGCAAUUACCUCCCCAGCCAACCAUCAUCUUAUGUUAUUUACUGUCUCUAAAUGCACUGGUCAUGCUGGAUCAAGAAUUGGUUGGGGUAUUGUAAAGAACAAAGAAGUGGCAAAGAAGAUGACAAAGUUCAUUGAGAUAAGCAGUAUUGGGGUGUCAAAGGAAUCUCAGCUCAGGGCUGCAAAGAUCUUGGGAGUGGUCUCAGAUAGCUGCUCCAAUCCUCAAAUCCAAAACUUCUUUCAAUAUACCCACACCCUCUUGUAUCAAAGAUGGCAAAAGUUGAGACAAGUUGUAAAGGUUUCUCAUCUCUUCACUCUCCAGAAAUAUCCCAUCCACUACUGUCGUUUUGCCAAAGACUUCACUCAAACACUCCCUGCUUUUGCAUGGAUUAUGUGCAAGGGAAGAGAAGAGGAUUGUGAGAAGCUUUUGAGAGGGCACAAUAUUUUGACAAGAAGUGGAACCAAAUUUGGGGCUGACCCAAAAUUUGUUAGGAUAAGUAUGCUGGGCAAUGAAGAUGACUUCAAUAUCCUUUUGCAAAGGCUAUCCAAUCUCCAGCAAACUGUUACUGCAUAUUAGCACCAUAUAUGCCUACUCAUACAUACUAUUAUACUAACAUCUAAUACCAUACGUUAUCGGUUGAUCAAUGUUUAAUUUCUCACAAGAUUAUUGAUAUAGUUUGUAUCUACAUGUGUUUCUCGUUUUAUUAUGUUAUAUUGUGCUGGCAGAAGAAAAUGUGGGAGGGUCACCCUGCAUUAUUGUGUGAUCCAAAUUGAAGA